CCAAGACCAGACCAGGCACGGAACGAACCCGAACCUGAGAGGGAGGGGGGAAAUUUUCGCAGCGGAUUUGCGUUUGCGCCGGUUAGGUGGGAAUCGGGGCCCGGAUCCGGCGAGUAGGAGCGGCGGGGCCGAGAUCUAUGCGCGGAGGGGGAGGAGGACCGGGCUGAGGAGGGGAGCUGCAGGGGCCCAAUGGAGGAGGCGGCGGAGUCGUCCUCGGCGGCGGCGGCGGCGGCCCUGGUGCUGGCGCUGGUGGCGCUCGUCGUGGUGCCGGCGGUGGCGCUGCUGGUGCGGGGCCGCUGGCGCCGGGCCGCGGCGCGGAGGGAGGAGGUGCGCCGCCUCGCGCGGCUGGCUGCCGAGGAGUCCGAGCUGGCGGAGCGCGAGUCCGCGCUUGCCUACUACUCCGAGCUGUUCCCGGGCGUCGUGCACGCCGCGGGGGCGCCCGAGUGGGGCCCGCCGCCGGUGGCGGUCCCGGUCCCGGCGCAGGAGGAGUUCGACGCGCAGCCGCAGCCGUCCGUGGGGGCAAAGGGGGUCUGUGCGGUGUGCUUCAGGCCCACCACGUUCAGGUGCAAGCAGUGCAAGGCCGUCAAGUACUGUUCCUUCAAAUGCCAGAUAGCCCACUGGAGACAAGGUCACAAAGAUGAAUGCCAUCCACCAAGUGUUAAUACUAGGCCUGAUGAUGAAGAAGAAAAGGCUGAAGUGGGAAAAUCUGCCAAAGAGAAUGCAUCAGUUGGUGUUAAACAGGAUGCUCAAAUGAACAAACCAGCUGUUGGAUCUGAAACUUCUGAUGCAAACCAUGAUUUGAAGAGUUCAAAUGGUAAAAGUAAACAUAUGCCUUCUGAAGCAGUAUGUACCAGUGCAGAGAUUCCUGGAGGUCAUAAGUCCAACAGCACAGUUGAAAUUGAUCAAAACAUUCAGUCUGUUGACAGUAGUAAGAUGGGAUCAAGUAUCAAACAUGCAAAUUUUGUUGAAGAUGGUUCUUCCACCGUGGACUUAAAUGAGGCAUUGCCAUGUAACUCUCAUUCUUCUUCACCAAACAUUAAUGGUCAUAGCAGUUUUGUAAACGAAGAAUUCUGCAAUCAUUCCAAGGAACACCAAAGAGCUAAGGAUGCCAGUGUUGUUGAGGAUUGUUCUCAGACAAGCAGUACCAGGGAGCUUGAAGACAGUAGCAUUCCCCACGCAGCUGCAUCUGUUGUCUUGGAGUCCAAAAGUUCUAGGACUCCUAUUCAUGUAGAACUUGAGAGGUCUAAAACAAAAUCUGCUGGGAAUGACAGCAUUCAGAGCACGAAACCUGUGCCAUCUGCAUUGACUGUUGACAAAGCCACUUCAGUUCGUGGGAGUCUUUCUAUUACACCUAAUAAUUCAUCUAAAGUAGCAGAUAGUCUUCCUGACAGAAGUUUUAAACCUUCAGAUAGGUCAGGCUCAACAACAAAUAACCUUGCAACAUCUCUGAAGAAAAUGGUCAGGCAGCAAACUGCACCAAAAGUUGUGAGGCAUUAUCCAUCAGAAUCGACUCUCUUCCCAUAUGAACUUUUUGUGAAGCUCUACAGCAAGGUUGAGUUGCACCCUUUUGGUCUUCAUAACCUCGGUAACAGUUGCUAUGCAAAUGCUGUUUUUCAGUGUUUGAUGUUUACUCGACCACUCACAACAUAUCUUUUGGAAGGGCUUCACUCAAAAAACUGUUCUCAAAACGGAUGGUGCUUCAUGUGUGAAUUUGAAAAACUCAUUGUGGAGGGCAAACGACGCAAGAUUGCCUUGUCACCGACUGGAAUACUCUCUCAUUUGAAUGACAUUGGCAGUAGCUUUGGUCCUGGUAAACAAGAAGAUGCUCAUGAAUUUCUUAGGUAUGCAAUUGAUGCUAUGCAAUCCGUAUGCAUGAAGGAAGCUAGAAAAGGAGGUGUUCUUCAGUCAGCGGAAGAAACAACUCUUGUGCAAUUGAUAUUUGGUGGAUAUCUGCGGUCUAAGAUCAAGUGCUCAAGGUGCCAUGUUAGUUCUGAACAGUGUGAGCCCAUGUUGGAUCUUACUGUCGAAAUAGAUGGUGACAUUAGUUCGCUCGGUGAGGCACUCGUGCGCUUUACAUCCACAGAAGUCUUGGAUGGAGAAAACAAAUAUCACUGCAGCAGAUGCAAAUCCUAUGAGCGUGCUAAAAAGAAGCUGACAAUAGAAGAAGCACCGAAUAUUCUGACUAUUGCACUGAAAAGAUAUCAGUCUGGCAAGUUUGGAAAGAUCAGCAAAGCCAUCAGAUUUCCAGAAACCCUCAACUUGGCUCGCUAUAUGAACCCAGAUACUGAUGACAUAUCGCCAGUUUACAGCCUCUAUGCAGUGGUUGUCCAUCAUGAUGUCAUGAAUGCUGCCUUCUCUGGCCAUUAUGUAUGUUAUGUUAAAGAUACACAGGGAAAGUGGUUUAAGGCAGACGACAGCCAGGUGAAACCUGUAUCUCUGGACAAUGUCAUGUCAAAGUGUGCUUAUAUGCUGCUGUAUGCAAGAUGUUCACCGAGGGCACCAAGCUCUGUUAGGCAGGCUAUGUCGGACCCAGCACACCCGAAGCAGGCCAAGCAGAGGGUGGUUCCAGGAGGACCAACAUGGCGAGGAGGUUCCUUCAACGGGCACCAAGCUGGCCAGCGGCACAGCGACGACGCGGAAGACGACGACGCCACACAUGCUGCAUUUGACGAAUAUAGAUACGCACCAUAUUCGCCUUCAGAUUCUCCGAGCCCUAGCGAGAGUUCAUCCCUCUUCAGCAACUCCGACGCAGGGUCGCACAGCACCGACAGCAGCGAGAGCACGAGGAACUCGACAAGCACCGAGGAGUACGAGUACGUGUUCGGAGCCGCUGAUCAGAUGUACCGCGUGGGAGGGGGGACACCUGUGGAGGGUGGCUAUCCGACGUAUUCCCGUUCGAGGUCCAGCUUGAAUGCCAGCUCAUCGGGGCGGGAGGCAUACAGCGCGGGUACCUACGCUGAGCACAGGACUCAGGGCGGCGGUCCCGGUGGGCUUUGGGUUGAGGGCGAUGAGAGCCCGUCCUUGUUAUACACUGACAGAAGUAAACAGCCGUCGAACAGUACGUUAAGAGACCAGUAUAGGCAGUUAGAUAGGAGCGAUGAGCGAACAUGACCCUGGGCAAACCAGGGGCGGUGUUUUAUUGAGAAGACCAUCUAGGGACAGGACCGCCCAGACAUUUUAUUGAUGUUGCAGGGUUUGGGCUGUAGUCUGUAGAGAAAUAAAUAGUGUAAUGUAGCCUGUAAUAUGUAUCUCGCUGCAAACGUGUAAAAAAGGGAAGAGGAAUGUCGUAGUUC